ACGAAGAAAAAAAGAAAAAAUAAAACCCCGACCGGUUUCGUCUCAUUUUAUCUUUUGGGUUUUCUGAUGAUCUUCUAAUUACUAUUAUUAACCAGAAGAAUUACCUCCUUUCGCGAUUUUUUGUCACUGGAUGAUUGCCAGAAAACGUGAAUGACUGCAAGCUUUACUAUUUCGUAGCAAUUUUUGGUGUUGCAACUUCUGUAUCAUAAAUGUAUUCAAACAAGGUGGAUUUGCCAACAUCUCUUGAAAAAUCAACUCACCAGCCAGAUCUUGAUAUCAAGAUUUGGGGAUGGUCACUUAUUUCAGUUUUUCCGUGGGCCAUUAACGCCAAGGAGAAAAUUAAAAUGCCUGCUUUUUUUAACAAAAAACUGAAGAACCACGCACGGCAGUCUCGAUUUCGUAAAUUUUCUGAACCUGGUAUGAGUUACGCCACAGUUCGUUUCAGGCCUUAUGUUUCCAAAGUUCCAUGGCAUACAGGUCCAAGAGCGUUUCUGUCUCAGUUCUUUCCAAGAUAUGGGCAUUACUGUGGACCAAACUGGUCAAGUGGGAAAGAUGGAGGAUCUCCACUUUGGGACAAACGUCCUAUUGAUUGGCUAGACUAUUGUUGUUAUUGUCAUGACAUGGGGUAUGAUACCCAUGAUCAAGCUGAGCUUCUCAAGGCAGAUUUAGCAUUUCUCGAGUGCUUGGAGAGGCCUCAUAUGGCUACAAAAGGGGAUAUUCGUGUCGCUAAUCUCUACAAGACAAUGUGUUUAUCAGGUCUGAGGAGCAUACUCAUACCAUACAGGCAGCAUUUGGUGAAAAUAAACUCAGGUCAGUUAUAUCUUUCUUUCGGAUGGCUUAGCAAUAUGAAGUGGAAAGGAUGGAAUGCUCAGAAGUAGAGACUAAUUAGAGUCGAUCUGGUAUUUAAGAAUCAUUUAUAGGAUAUGUUUGUAUAGGUAAUAUGUAUAUGAUUAUAGAUUUAUAGUGACUGAAUGUGUACCACAUAAUCAAGUUCUGGUUUUCUAGUGUAAAUUUACAAGUAUGGAUAUUGUAGUCAUGAGCGCAUGUCUGUUUGUAGACUCGUCCUUGGGUGAAAAGUUUGUUUUCUGUAAUUUCAUCAUUGUCUGAUACUCUCUUUAAAAGUUAAUCAUUAGAUUCGAAAUGUUUCGACA